CUAGUAAGAGAAUAACUAUUAGGGCUUUCCCCAAUCCUCUUCUGACCAAUCAAAAACUGCCAUAUCAAUGAGAAGGUAUUAAUCUUCAAAUUCAAAUAAGAAAGGCAACGGAAGCUUCCUUUAACUUUUACGAAAUGGCCCAGCAACCAGAUAAAGUUUUAUCGGAAUUUGCCUGUGACAAUAUUGAAAAACUGAAUUUGAAGAGAGACAGGAUGCCAACAAGAGAGGAAGUCAGAAAUUUACUGGACAAAGAAGAAGAUAGCCUCUUUUUUCUAAACAUCAAUUUCACAACACCAGAACCAAAGUGCCCAACAAAGAAUCCAAAGUAUGAUAGAAUCAUUUCCAUGUUGUGGGAGAAGUACCGCCUCUACAAACUGAGAUCAACUGAAGGAAAGAAGUAUUCACUCAACCGCUCAAUGUACUUGGGACUGAUUAAAGAUGGAGAUCUAACAAAAAAGAAAAGGAAGAUUAAUGAUUUAAUUGAUGAAGCAAAGAGAGAAAUACUAAACAAAGGGGUGGAGCUGAACGUUGCAAAAGUCCACGUGAUAGCAACACUAGCAAUCAUAUAUGAUGUAGGCGAGGAAGAGGAGGAACCAACAGGAGAGGAAGAGAAAGGAAUGAAAGAGAAUGCCGACAUAAAAGAAGAAGAGGAGGAGGAGGAAGAGAGUAACAAGGAGACAAUGGAUACUGGUAGUCAGACUGAUGAAGUGGAAGCCUCUGAUGAAGAAAGUCUGAGUAAAAGACCCAAAAAAGAUGAAGACCAAGAAGAUGCUAUUAAACUUAAUAAUUAGGAACUGUGUUUUACUUUGAUUAUUUUAAUGUUUAAGAAAAUCCUUACAAUAACUAUAAA